AUGCCAGCCCUGAUGAGCUGCCGAUUGACGUCUCCCAGCCUGGGCCACGGCCGAGCACAAGGAACACGCGCCGGGGCCAGCAAGAGCGCCUGCGCCCACCUCUCUCUCUCGCGUAUUUCGUGGGCUCUCUCUCCCUCUCUCUCUCUCUCUCUCUCUCUCUCUCUCUCUCUCUCUCUCUCUCUCUCUCUCUCUCUCUCUCUCUUCUCUCUUCUCUUCUCUCUCUUCUCUCUCUUCUCUCUCUUCUCUCUCUUCUCUCUCUUCUCUCUCUUCUCUCUCUCUUCUCUCUCUUCUCUCUCUUCUCUCUCUUCUCUCUCUUCUCUCUCUUCUCUCUCUUCUCUCUCUUCUCUCUCUUCUCUCUCUUCUCUCUCUCUUCUCUCUCUUCUCUCUCUUCUCUCUCUCUCUCUCUCUCUCUCUCUCUCUCUCUCUCUCAAUCUCUCUCUCUCUCUCUCUCUCUCUCUCUCUCUCUCUCUCUCUCUCUCUCUCUCUCUCUCUCUCUCUCUCUCUCUCUCUCUCUCUCUCUCUCUCUCUCAAUCUCUCUCUCUCUCUCCUCUGCAGCUCUGCAGCUCUGCAGCUCAAACACUUGUUUAUCAGGAUUAA